GCGGGACCGCCUUCACCGUUCUCUCUCUCUCCAUUCUUCUUGUUGUUUCGUGUGUGUGAGUGUGUGCGCCUACAACAGACAAGCGGGCUCUAGGAAGACGUGUGCGCUGACACACGAGACGUGGUACGCCGGUUUACACACAGAGCGUCCUUUCACUCCCAUACGUACACUUAUUGCCCUAUUUUGGUUUUUUGUUUUACCGGUUUCAUUCCCCGAGGUCAGCAUCUCCUCGCAUUGCGGUGGGCACACACACACGCACAAGCACACCCAGGGAGGUGACUUCGUUACUCCCCGCUUCCACCUUUGAAACCUCAGCAUUAAUUGUGUUUGCUGGAAUCCCUUCUUUCCUUCCAGCACUAUUUGCGCGUGCUGUCUCUCUGCACUUCUGGGUUUGCGCUUCUCGUGUGCUCACCUCUACCUUCUCUGCUGUUUCUCCUCUCGUCGCCACACAGCACGUACUCCACUUCCGUGACGACGGCACUGCGGCGAUCACGAUGGCGGACCCGCGACCCGCGCUAGCCCCUCCGUCACCCGGGCGACUAGAGGCCCUCCCCGGCUCCCUCGGCAAGGUCACCAUCUGCGCUGUGUUUACACUCGGCAUUGCGGCUUUUAUCAGUGUGCGACGGUGGCUGGCGGCCCGCUCGGCGGAGAACAAGGCCGGCCACGGCAGCAGUGGCAGCACGACAGCAUCGAAGUACGGCUUCCGCAGCAAAUCGAAGGUGUCUAGCAGCGGUGGUGGUGGUGCGGGCAGCAGCAGCACUGCUCUCGCUGGGAAAGACGAUGACGGUGCUAGCGGUGGAGCGGCGCCGUCGUCGCCGCAGCGCCCCCAGCUCCCCCCGCGCAAUUACUUCACCAUCCGCGCCGCCCUGCACGUGAAGCGGCACAACGCGAAGAUGAUGGAGUGGUUCGACGAGCAACUCGGCGUCCAACUCCCCUUCUCACAGCAGCUGUUUGAGCUGCGGCAGGAGGAGCGGCAGGCACCGCUGAUUCUGCUCUCGUUCCGCACGCUGCGCGAACCCACGCACCGCAUGGCGGUGACCAUUGAGGAGCUCUACAGCGCACAGACGGCCACGACGUACUGCGAGGCAAGUUUGAGUCGCAUCGCUGACUGUGCGAAGGUGCUGGGGACGUCGUCGACGCGCAUCGGGAGCAAGGAGUACCCGGUGGCGGAGUACUGCUACGUGGACGACACACAGACAACGGUCUUUGCCUUCUCUAUCUUUGUCGUGCACGAGCGGCUCGCCGUGACGCUGCAGUACGUGGCCCCCAGCCGGGUGCACAACGUGAUGCCGACCGCCUUCUACGACAUCGCCCGCUUCAUGGUCUUCACCGCCCCCUCCCCGUCGCCGUCGUACUUACUGAUCUCGGAGCCGCGGCUGGGGCUGGGCUUCCACCUGCCGUUGGACUUCCUCGUCCACGAGGGGCUGGCGGAAAGCGACUGCGUGGAGGACCGCCUUUUCACGUCGAUCGGCGGGGCCAGCGAGGGAGGCCCACCUGUCCUGCACGGUCGUAGUAACAGCAGGGAGCCGCAACCACAGCAGCCACGAGGUGACGGCGGCUUGGCGACCGUGACGGCGUACAGCAGCCGCCCGUAUGGUGGCGGCAACAGUGGCAGCGGUGGUGGAGGUGGCUUUUACGCCGGCUACGGCGAGGGCGGGGAGGGCAUCAUUCCCUACGUCACGGCCAUGAGUCGAGGCGGUCGCCGAAUGGGGCUCAUCACCUCCUACGAGCCAUCGAUCGGCAUCAACACGAGCAGCAGUAAUAGCAAUUUGAUGGAUGCGGCGGCUGGCGGCCCUCCUGGCUGGGGGUCGACGAGCCGCAGUGCCGGCGGGGUCCCCUACGCGUGGCGACCCUAUCUAGAGCAACAGGUCUCGAAGGCGGUGCGUCAGUUAGGUCUCGUGAUGGGGCCCAGCGUGGGCGGCUACGGCGCGGGCCCACGGGUGCUCUUCCAGCCCCCCGACCCGUCCGACCUGUCCGCCUACGCCAGCGCUGCCCACACGCUGCUCAUAGAGCCCUAUCCGCUCUCCAUCGCACUCAACGGCAACUUCAGCGCCGGCGACGACAGCCGUGACGAGGAGGGCGGCUGCACCGCGCACGUGACGGCCUUUUCGCUUUUCCGCGAGGUCCGCGUGGAUGUGAACUCCUCGUACGUGACGCUGGUGCCCGACACCCUUGAUGCCGCCAGUGCACGCACCACGACCGCCUCCGCAGACGCGGCCUACCAUAGGAGAGACGGCUCCCCGGUCACCGUCGCGGCCUUCUGGAGUGCGUUCUACGUGCCGGUGGGCACCGCCUGCGUCAGCUUCCACUUCAUCGCCUCGGCUCUGCGGCACACCUCGACAGAGUUCGUCUCCUUCUGCGCCACCGUCAUGAACUCCAUCUCCCUCGGCAACCACUACGGCCAGACGGUAUCGCUGAUGUACUGCAACACCCGCCACGAUGUGCUGCCCUUCCGGCUCUCGCUGCCGCCGACCGGGAUGGCGACAGCGGAGGAGCCGAUGCUGGCCGAUCCGCUCUGCGUCGUGCAGGCCACCUACGGCGUGGAGAAGGUCGCCGUGACGGUGCGUGUGUUUCCUCUCUUCGCCGCCAACGCCGCCGGCAGGGGAGUCAGCGCGGCGGGUGGGAGCGUCCAAGGAGGGACGACGACGACCACCACCACUACCACCGCGGGCUCUCCCGAUACCCUUUCAACCUCCCUGUCGAAGCCACCGCCGCCACCGCUCCUGCGUCCAGCCGAGCGGCGCGGCACCCGGCAGCGCUCGGCGAUGCGGCAGCUUCAGUACAUGCUCCGCUACUACCUCGCCCAGUUCCCCGGUGGGGUGCACCUCAUCUCUUAUACCAAGACGACGGUGAACUCGAUGCCGGCGAUGCUGCUGUGCUUCCGGCCGAUGCGGACCGUGAACGGGGAAGAGAGGGGCGGCUCCGCCGCGGCCACGGAGAGCACCAAUGGAAACGGUGGUGGUGGCGGCGUCCCAUCGUCGGGCUCUGCCGGUGCCCUCAACAACAAUUGGGACGACUUCAGCGGCGGUGCGGGUGCGAGCUCGCAAGGGGCCUCCAGCUGGGUCGACAUGCGGGAGUCGAUGCUGGAGGAGGAGGUCGGUCAGCUGAACCCCUUCGCCCACUACUUCGCCCCUCCACCGCCCCCUGUGAGCUACUUGAGGGGAUCGCAGCAGGGCAACAACCCUUCUUCUUCGUCUGCGCCGACACAGCCGGUGACAGCGGCCGCCAUGAAGAAAGCGGCGGGGGAUUCACAUCACAACAUCGACGGCGAUUUCGUUUACACCGGCGGCGGCGGCGGCGACUCGCAGCGCUCGCAGGAGGAGUUGGACGAUCCGCUUCGUGUGGCCCUCGCGGUGUGCUGUGAGGGCAACGCCUUUCUUUUCCAGACGUCAGCCUCGGAGUACACCCUGGGGACGGCGCAGGAAGCCGUGCAGGCCGCGGCAACGUACCUGGCUCUCAUUCCGCGUGCCGGUUGA